AUGGCCGACGGAGACCAAGUGGAGAUCGACGGCGGCGUUAUGGAAGGGGGUGGCCAGAUCCUGCGGGUUUCCACAUCCCUGAGCUGCCUCCUCAGAAAACCUUUGCGAGUGAAAAAUAUCCGAGCUGGUAGGAGUCAGCCUGGUCUUAGGCCUCAGCAUCUGUCAGGACUGGAGAUGGUUCAACACUUGUGUGAUGGGCAGCUGGAAGGUGGCAAAAUCGGGUCCACGGAAAUCACUUUCAUUCCAGGGAAGAUCAAGGGUGGAACCCAUGUAGCAGACACCAAAACAGCAGGGAGUGUUUGCCUGCUAAUGCAAGUGGCAAUGCCUUGCGUGCUGUUUGCAGAUUCUCCUUCAGAGCUUCAUUUGAAAGGAGGUACUAAUGCAGAAAUGGCCCCCCAGAUUGACUACACAGUGAUGGUCUUCAAGCCAAUAGUUGAGAAGUUCAAUUUGACAUUGGACUGUGAUAUCAAAAAGAGGGGUUAUUACCCGAAGGGAGGUGGCAAAGUGAUAGUCCGAAUGUCACCGGUUAAACAGCUAAGCCCAAUCAAUCUAAUGGACCGUGGCACCGUGACCAAGAUCCACGGGCGAGCCUUUGUGGCUGGAGCCUUGCCAAUUAAAUUAGCGAAAGACAUGUCGUCAGCAGCGGUGAGGUGUAUCAGAAAAGAAUUCCGGGAUAUCUAUGUCAACAUUCAGGCUGUUCAAGAACCUGAGAGUGAGGCGUUUGGAACUGGAAGUGGAAUAAUCAUUGUUGCAGAGACUUCUACAGGCUGUUUACUGGCUGGUUCAUCACUUGGUAAAAGAGGUAAAAAUGCUGACAAAGUUGGAAUUGAAGCUGCUGAGAUGUUGCUUGGAAAUCUUCGACAUGGAGGAGCUGUGGAUGAUUAUCUGCAAGACCAACUGAUAAUUUUCAUGGCUUUAGCAAAUGGAGUCUCUAGAGUGAAAACUGGGCCCAUUACCCUUCACACGCAAACUGCUAUACACUUUGCAGAACAGCUGACAAAGGCCAAGUUUACAGUGACAAAAUCAGAAGAUGAAGAAUCAGCCAAGGAUGCUUGCAUUAUUGAGUGCCAAGGAAUCGGGAUGCUAAAUGCCAACUUGUAGCAUUUCUUCUUUUAAAAAAGAUAACCUUAGUGAUGAAUUGCACUACAUUUCAAAUGACAUGAUUGAGGGGGG